CUCAUUCAAGGGUUUUUCUUUAUUUUUUACUAUUUUCUACAUUUUUACAUUUUCUACAAUCAUUUUCAUACAGAUGUUUAAGGUUAAUAUAUAUUAAAAUCUAAAGGAUGUAUUUCAACCAGACAGCGCUCUGAUAUCAUGGUAAAAGGCCAGACAGCGCCCUGAUAUCAUGGUAAAAGGCCAGACAGCGUCCUGAUAUCAUGGUAGAAGGCCAGACAGCGUCCUGAUAUCAUGGUAAAAGGCCAGACAGCGUCCUGAUAUCAUGGUAGAAGGCCAGACAGCGUCCUGAUAUCAUGGUAAAAGGCCAGACAGCGCCCUGAUAUCAUGGUAAAAGGCCAGACAGCGUCCUGAUAUCAUGGUAAAAGGCCAGACAGCGUCCUGAUAUCAUGGUAAAAGGCCAGACAGCGUCCUGAUAUCAUGGUAAAAGGCCACACUUCCCACAGUGAAUGGCGAGACCUGUUACACUAUAAAACCACACAGCAUUACAGAGACUUUAAUAUUACCGCCAGCAAUUGAUACGGUGAAACCAACGUGCGGGGAGACAGACACACAGAAACUCACAUCAAUACCUUUGUCAAGAUAACACUGUUACACUAAGAAUUUAUGUUACCGAAUUAUGAUAAUAAUAUUACGUGUUGGAUCACUAAAAAAUACAACUUUAACAUUACCGUGUAGUUUACCAAUAAAAUGGUCUGAUGGUGAAGUGGACAGACUGGGUAUACAGAUCCCUAAAUAAAUGCAUCUCACUACAAUACAUUUUAAUAGAAAGUUAGCAAAAAAAAUAGACAAGAUCUUGCUAUCUUGGAAAGGAAAAUACAUUUUAAUUUGUGGAAAAAUCACCCUGAUUUAAAUAUUUUGUAAUAUCUCAGGUUACCCUGAUUUAAAUAUUUUGUCAUAUCUCAGGUUACCCUGAUUUAAAUCUUUAGUCAUAUCCCAGUUUGCCCUGAUUUAAAUCUUUUGUCAUAUCUCAGGUUACCCUGAUUUAAAUCUUUAGUCAUAUCCCAGUUUGCCCUGAUUUAAAUCUUUUGUCAUAUCUCAGGUUACCCUGAUUUUAAAUCUUUAGUCAUAUCCCAGUUUGCCCUGAUUAAAUCUUUAGUCAUUUCCCAGUUUGCUUAUGGACUUGCCUACAUCUAGCGACCAGUUUAUUUUAUAAUAAUAAUAUAUAAUAUAUGCCAUUUAGCUGACGCUUUUAUCCAAAGCGACUUACAGUCAUGUGUGCAUACAUUCUACGUAUGGGUGGUCCCGGGAAUCGAACCCACUACCCUGGCGUUACAAGCGCCAUGCUCUACCAACUGAGCCACAGAAGGACCACAAUAUUAUAUUAUUAUUAUUAUUAUUAUUAUUAUAUAUAUUAUUAUUAUUAUAGUUUAUUUUAAAUUAUCUCAGAAAAAAAUAUUCAAUUUUAUUUGGAACGGCAAGCCAGUCAAAAAUAAACGGGCCUAUUUAUAUAAUGAAUAUGAAUUUGGAGAGCAGAAAUGAUCAAAUAUUAAAGCAUUAGACCUCUCACUAAAAUAAUAUUAAUAAUGUCUCACCUGAUGUUCAAGAAUGGCCUUUUCCCCUUUUUUCAGAUUACAAUCUCUCACUUUCGGUUAUUUGAAAAUGAAAUAAUCUCCAAAAUAUUUCUAUUUUUUUUAAACAAGCGAUAGAAAGUUGGUUGCAAUUUCAGUGUAAUCCACCAGAAAAUAACAAAUAAUACAACAAAUAUUAUGAUUUAACUCAUUGAUAAAAAAAAUAUAUACAUUAUUAAAAAAAGACAUGAAUAAUCUUUGUAAAGGAUAUCAUAAAUAGGACUGGUAGAGUUAUGUUACACAUGCAGCUAACAAAAAUAUAUGGAAAUGUCUACUCUAUUCAAAAUUACAACCAACUAAUUGCAGCAUUACUGCAAAAAUCGUAUAGGCAAAUGGAAGGGGGAAGAAAGUCUAUCGGCCCUGCAUUGAAGACCAACGUUGAUUAAAGAACAUUGGGCUAAAUGGAAAAAGUAUAGUUUAAUUUAAGGACCAAAACAUUUACUACUGUGCCAUAUAGUUGAGAAGAGAUUUUUGAUGUACCGAUUCCAUGGCACGUGGUUUAUGAAUUGAGACGCAAAACGAUGCUGGAUUCAAAAUGCUGAAUUUUUCAAUUUAAAUGAUUAUACAAAAUUCUUGCAACCAAUUGAAUGUUAUAUAUAUAUGGGGGAUACAACCUUACCAGCUCUGCAGAGUUUUGCUGCUUAGUUAAAUAUAUGGCAAAUAGAAAUAAAACUGUAUGGAUGUUAGUUAUGACUGCUUUGUGUCAUGUGGUGUUGUCUCUGACUUCUUGCCAUUUGUGCUGUCGUCUGUGGCCAAUAAUGUGCUGUUACCAUAUGUUUUGUGCUGCUACCAUGUUGCGUUGCUACCAUAUUGUUGUGUUGUCAUAUGUUGCUGCCUUGCUAUGUUGUUGUCUUAGGUCUCUCUUUAUGUAGUGUUAUGUUGUUGUCUUAGGUCUCUCUUUAUGUAGUGUUGUCUCUACUGUCGUAAUGUGUGUUUUGUCCUAUAUUUAUAUUUUAUUUAUUUUUAUUUUUUAUUCCAGCCCCCGUCACCGCAGGAGGCCUUUUUGCCUUUUGGUAGGCCGUCGUCGUUGUAGAUAAGAAUUUGUUCUUAACUGACUUGCCUAUUUAAAUAAAAAUCAGAAAUAGUGGGAGAGGUGAAGGUUAGAGGAAGGAUAGGAGUAAAAACAAACAAAAUUUAACUUCUGUAAAAUGGAUUGUGUCCGUAAAAUGUAUAUAGUAUGUAUGUAUAAGCUGGAAGUAGAAGCCUAAAUGUUGUUGUUCAUUAGUUUACUCCAAUUAGAGGAGGAGUGGUAGGGUUAGGGGAAAAUACAGGGAAACAUAUUUUUAAAAGAUGUAUAUACAGUGUAUAUGGAAAGUAUUCAGACCUCUUGACUUUUUCCACAUUUUGCAACAUUAUAGCCUUAUUCUAGAAUGGAUUAAAUUGCUAAAAAAAUAAUAAUAUCUACACACAAUAUCCCAUAAUGACAAAGCAAAAACUGUUUUUUUUAGAAUGUUUUGCACAUUUAUAAAAUAAACUGAAAUAUCUCAUUUACAUUAGUAUUCAGAUCCUUUACUCAAUACUUUGUUGUAGCACCUUUGGCAGUGAUUACAGCAUUGAUUCUUCUAGGGUAUGACGCUACAAGUUUGGCACACCUAUAUUUGGCGAUUUUUCUCCCAUUCUUCUCUGCAGAUCCUCUCAAGCUCUGUCAGAUUAGAUGGGGAGAGUCACUGCACAGCUAUUUCCAGGUCUCUCCAGGUAUGUUCGAUCGAUCGGGUUCAAGUCCGGGCUCUGGCUGGGCCACUCAAGGACAUUCAGAGACUUGUCCCGAAGCCACUCCUGUGUUGUCUUUACUGUGUGCUUACGGUCAUUGUCCUGUUGGAAGGUGAACCUUUGCCCAAGUCUGUCCCUGCCACUGAAAAACAUCCCGACAGCAUGAUGCUGCCACCACCAUGCUUCAGCGUAGGGAUGGUGCCAGGUUCCUCCAGACGUGACGCUUGGCAUUCAGGACAGAGAGUUCAAUGUUGGUUUCCUCAGAAUAGAGAAUCUUGUUUCUCAUGUUCUGAGAGUCCUUUAGGUGACUUUUGGCAAGUGGUCUGUCAUGUGCCUUUUACUGAGGAGUGGCUUCCAUCUGGCCACUCUACCUUACAGACCUGAUUGGUUGAGUGCUGCAGACAUGGUUGUCCUUCUGGAAGGUUCUAUCAUCUCCACAGAGGAACUCUGUCAGAGUGACCGUCGGGUUCUUGGUCACCUCCCUGACCAAGGCCCUUCUCCCCCGAUUUCUCAGUUUGGCCGGGGGGCCAGCUCUAGGAAGAGUCUUGGUGGUUCCAAACUUCUUCAGUUUAAGAAUGAUGGAGACCGCUAUGUUCCUGGGGUCCUUCAAUGCUGCAGACACUUUUUGGUACCCUUCCUCAGAUCUGUGCCUCAACACAAUCCUGUCUCGGAGCUCUAAGGACAAUUCCUUUGACCUCAUGGCUUGGUUUUUGCUCUGACAUGCACUGUCAACUGUGGGACCUUAUAUUGACAGGUGUGUACCUUUCCAAAUCAUAUCCAAUCAAUUGAACGUCCACCUGUGGACUCCAAUCUAGUUGUUGAAACACCUCAAGGAUGAUCAAUGGAAACAGGAUGCACCUGAGCUCAAUUUCGAGUCUCAUAGCAAAGGGUCUGAAUACUUAUGUGAAUAAGGUAUUUGUUUUUUAAUACAUUUGCAAAAAAGUUUUUUUUAAAUGUGUUUUUGCUUCGUCAUUAUGGGGUGUUGUGUGCGGAUUGAGGAAACUUUUUUUUUUAAAUCAAUUUUCGAAUAAGACUAACGUAACAAAAUGUGGAAAAAGGGAAGGGGUCUGAAUACUUUCUGAAUGUAUUGCACCGUACCUUGAUACAUACAUACAGUCUACUCAUCAAUGGGGAGGGCAUGAACGGCAACAACAUGGCCACCCACAUCAGCGGGACACAGUGCCCUUCGCUCCCAUUUGUCAAGCUCUGCUGUCCGACAAUGGCGUGGGAAGUAGCUACCUACUAGCCAAUUUAAAUACACCCAUAUACACCCAUUCAAUACACAGUACACCCAUCAUCAAUCAUUUUUUUUAUACAAAAUCGUCAGUUUUAUAACUGAAAAUGUACAAUUAAGUUGCGAAACGCAGCAUCGUAUGAUGUAAAAUGCGUCAUACAGGGAUGAUUUCUGUAUUUUGAAAGUAUCUUGAGAACUUGAUUGCUGAGCUAAACAUUUUUGGACAAUGGCAAUGGACUAAGGAAAAAAAUACCAAAAUAUAAUUUUAGGGUGGAGUUUUCCUUUAAGUAUACACCACAGGAGUUUUUAUUUUAUUUACCUCCUGUGUAGGCGAAGGUUAUAAUGUCUGUAUUGAAACACAACCACAACCGAUUCACCACAUUAUAACAAAAACAUGAACACAUAAAUCAAGUAAUAUCUUGUAGAAAUACUUGUAAUUAUUCUUUGUAUGAUAAGCAGCAUACAAUAUAUGGAUAACUGUACACAUUUUACAUCAUUUUUGCCCUAAUUAUUUACAAAGUAUACACGAUGGGACACUUAUUCUGAAAGAUAUAACAAAUCCGUGACCCGGAAGUACUUCAUUAUUCUUGCUUGUGUCAUAGAAGUCUUUGUUUUGAUUUUGCAUUCAAGCUUGUGUGGAGUAAAGGCUUACUGACUGAAUUGAAUACCUAACUGUCAUUCGACUGAAAAUGUAUAAACUACAGUUGUUGCGUGUGUUUUUAAAUGAGCGUUUAACGGCGGCUGCUGUGGAUAUUUUUGGGGCAGUUGAGAAAACGGUAGUGGAGUACCAGGAGGAGAAUGAUCGGCUACGGAGACUGCUGGGGAUCACACCGGAGCUCAUUACACCAGAGUUACAACUAUGUCGAACUGACUCCCUGCAGCUCUCUCUCUCUGUCUCUGAAGAGGAGGUUCCCCCUGAGCAGCAGCACUGUGAGCAGGAGUGGAGCCCCAGUCUGGGGCAGGAGGACCCAGAGACCACACAGAUUAAAGAGGAACAGGAGGAAGUCAGGACCAGUCAGGAGGAAGAGCAGCUUCAAGGGUUCUUUGAUACCAAAGACUUUAUAUUUACUCCUUCCUGUGUGAAUAGUGAAUGUGAUCAGGAGGACCCACCUCAGCCCCUGACUCUUCCCCAAACCCAGACUGUGGAGAACAGAGAGGGAGACUUUAAACCAGUGAAUCUCAAACCUUACGCCACUGUGACCCACCUAAAGGAUCUCAACAAUCUGUGUGACCCUCCAGAUAAUCAAAACAAUGCUUUCAUCCUCAGCUCAGCCAUAAGCAGCGACCCAGUAGGACUUGACAGCAGCCCACUAUUGGAUCCCAACCCACUGUUGAGUUUCAACCCACCAAUGGAGAAACAGUGUUUCAAACCCAGCACAUCUAGAAAAACUCACCACUGCCGUGACUGUGGUGAAACAUUUGCACUGAAAGCUGACCUGCAGAGGCAUGUGACUCACACCAGGAAGAGACCCAGUGAAUGCCUCUUCUGCAAAAAACUCUAUACCUCCACCUGUAAACUGAAGGCCCAUGUCCGACUCUGUCACGGUGGUAAACCCUGCACCUGCCCCUUUUGUGGGAAGACCUUCAAACAAAAAGGACAUCUGUCUAGGCACAUGAGUAUUCACACAGGAGAGAAACCAUUUUGCUGUGGUGACUGUUGGAAAAGCUUCAAUCGUAAGGAGCACCUUACCAGGCAUAUACGCAUUCACAGAGGAGAGAAACCUUUUAGCUGUGGUGACUGUGGGAAAAGCUUCAAUCGCAAGGAGCACCUAUCCGAACAUAGACAGACUCACACAGGAGAAAAACAACAUGGCUGCUCAGUCUGUGGUAAAAGAUUCACUCGGAAGACUCAUCUGCUGAAGCAUAUGGACAAUAUCCACAAAGAGAGAAAAACAGACAGAAGAAAGAAAAUCUUCAGUCACAAGAUGGGAAUAAAAAGACAGGAUGUGGACAACUCUCGUAGGAAAGGAAAGCAACCCCAGACCAUUCAUAUCGUGGGUCUCAGAUAAAUACAUAUACUGUACCAUGGACUUAAUGUUGUAAAACAGUGUAUGUAAAUAAAGUUUAAUUUGAUUGACAAGGUAAUGAUCAAACCGUACAGAGUAUUGUAGGAAAUGUAAAGGUCUGCUGUAAUAAUAAUAAUAAUAAUAAUAAAAAUAAAUAAUAAUUGAUUACAUUUGUAAAGCGAUUUUAGUUAUAAAAGAAUAAUCUCUAAGUGUAUAAAAUGAAAACCCCCAAAAUAUAUAUUAAUGGACACAAUUACACAGGGCAACUGACAUAAAUAACAGAGAUGAUGCUACAAGGGACAUGGACAUAUUACCAUGAAUACACUGGAAAGUCAGCAGGAGGGUUUUGAAUUUAAUCUGGAAUGAGACGGGGAGCCAGUACAGAGAUGCCAGGGUGGAGGUGAUGUGAUGGUGUUGAGACGGGGAGCCAGUACAGAGAUGCCAGGGUGGAGGUGAUGUGAUGGUGUUGAGACGGGGAGCCAGUACAGAGAUGCCAGGGUGGAGGUGAUGUGAUGGUGUUGAGAUAGGGAGCCAGUACAGAGAUGCCAGGGUGGAGGUGAUGUGAUGGUGUUGAGAUAGGGAGCCAGUACAGAGAUGCCAGGGUGGAGGUCAUGUGAUGGUGUUGAGAUAGGGAGCCAGUACAGAGAUGCCAGGGUGGAGGUCAUGUGAUGGUGUUGAGAUAGGGAGCCAGUACAGAGAUGCCAGGGUGGAGGUGAUGUGAUGGUGUUGAGAUGGGGAGCCAGUACAGAGAUGCCAGGAUGGGAGUGAUGUGAUGGUGUUGAGAUGGGGAGCCAGGAUGGGAGGGAUGUGAUGGUGUUGAGACGGGGAGCCAGGAUGGGAGGGAUGUGAUGGUGUUUCCUCAUCAGGAUUCUGGCAGGGCUGUUCUGGAUGUACUGGAGUUUCUGGAGACUCCUGACAGAUCCUGGUGAAGACUACGUUGCAGUAGUCCAGCCUUGAAGAGAUAAAGGCAUGGACAACGUCUUUAUCAUGUUUUUAUAUAAUUCCAAAUAGGAAUAUCUGGUUGUUUGACUCAGAAUGUCUCUCAGGGUGAUGAGAUAAUAGUCAAGACGGAUGUUAUCGAUACAUGAAAUGAAAUAAAAUUCCAGAAAAGGUCUCCUUGCAUUUGUCCAAAAGUAUUUCUCGUCAAUUUUGACAUAAUGCUGCUCAUUCAUGAUUAUUGAUGUAAUGCUGUGUAGAGUAAUGAUUAACAGUCGACUCCUGAUGAAUCAUUGAUUAUGUAGGCUGCUUUGCACAGUAUUCAACUCCCAUCCAGCUGGUGGCGCUGUUGUAUGUUUCUGGGUUCGCCAGCCAAUAGAACAACGGAUUUUCGAAGAUUCCUUGACUAAAACACGGAAGUAGAAUUGGAGUAAAGAAAUACCCACUGAAAGAUCUGAAUUAGGCUACCCAACUCUCAUUCGACUGAAAAUGUAUAAACUACAGUUGUUGAGUGUGUUUUUAAAUGAUCGUUUAACUGCGGCUGCUGUGGAGAUUUUCGGGGAAGUAGAGAAAAUGGUGGUGGAGUACCAGGAGGAGAAUAAUCGUCUACGGAGCCUGCUGCGGAUCACACCGGACAUAAAACUAUGUAGAAUAGGUUCGUAUGUGGAUCUACCGAUAGCUUGCGUCGUCCCCUAAUGAGCGAUAAACAUUGAGGGGGUUCGAUUAAUCCCGCCCGGACGCCUGUGUUUGCGUGUUUCGGCUGAAAGUUGAUUGCAUUCGUUUUGGAGCUGGGCUGCCUCCUGGUGUUGUGCCGAAAGCUCCCUCUGCCAGAAUCCUAGCGAGCAAUCGCAGCAAUGAAGAAUUGAGUGCGUGCCCGUUCACGGGAAGGGGGGGUGGCUUUUCGGCACAACACUGGGCGCGAGCCAGAUGCCCAGUUCUAAGGACACAGCGUAAAGUUGUGGGCUCAACAAAAAAAGGGACUUAAUUAAGCACGUGUAGUAAUUACUAGGCUUCUGUGAAAACACCAAAUUCUACUCCGUGUAUGUUGAUUAGCCAGCCAAAUAGAAAAAGGAACCAGCCAUGCCUUCCUGGUUAAACAUUUUUGCUGAAUGAGCUUUAUUUUGGUGGCCUCUGGCAUAGCCGGGCGAAGUAGGAGUGCUGCAGCCCCCUUACAUUUGCGACUCGAGUUUCCAUCUUCUCUGAGAAAGACUUGCAUUUCAAUCUAAAUGUCUGAACAUUUAGUAAUUCAGUGUAUUGUUUAGUUGUUUUGGAUAUUGUUUAGUUGUUUUGGAUAUUGUUUAGUUGUUUUGGAUAUGGUCCUAGCCUAUAUGAUCCAGACAAUCUUCUAAGUGGAGAACAUGAAACCUUUUAAACAUUAAACAUCUUCUCUUGA